AUGCCAAAUGCAAUAAGUGAUUUGAUGCGUAAACGAGAGACAGAGAGAAUGCAUUUUGUGAGGCAAUCCGUGCUCUGGAUGCUACAGUCCAUGGCUAGGUUUUAUGAAGAAGUGUGCUAUUCAACUGUUGAUAAUUUCCCUGCAAAUAGCAUCCGGGACUACCUUUUGCCUGCUAUACAGAACCUCUUGAAAGGCGUGGAGGCACUGGAUCCAGUCCACAAAGAAGCUCUUGAAAUUAUUAUGAAGGAAAGAUCAGGGAGAACCUUUUAUUCCAUCAAUAAGGUGAUGGCCGGCGCUCAUCUUGCAUUUCCGGCAUCAGUCAACAACAUCUUCGGUGAGGGUGGGUUGCUUGGAAAGAAAGAUACCACUACUGAUCGGUCAUCAGAGGCUGCUUCGUCGCCAAAUACUGGUGCACCUUCACCAGCAGAGGACACUAGAUUCAGGCGCAUCAUGCUCGGAAACUUCGGUGACAUGCUUCGUGGCAAGGGAAAAGCCCAAGAGGAUGGUCAAAAACAAUAAGAUGCAUGUACUUCAUCGUGAUUCUCAUACAUCAGGUGAAGGUUGCUUUUGUUUAAUUUAUUAAGUAUACAACCACCAAGACAAGCCCACUUGUUGGGUUCUAAAGUUUCUCAUACAAAUUAGACAGUUCUUUAAACUAAA